ACCUGUUUCACACUCUGGAGGCAGCCCUGUUCCAAAUCGAAUGCAAUCAUUUUCAGCCGGCGCAAACAUGUCUACACGGGCGUCCGGGCGAGAUUAAUCGAGCCCCCUCAUUGCUACCACUGUGCGUGCCCUAACAGUUGUGAUCAAAACAUAAGCGAGUGCUGAGACUACGUUGUCCCAAACCGAGAGGAAAACGGAGUUGUUUGUGCAAACACGAAGUCCUACCAGUGAAAUUAUACCCUUGACAGAUUUGGGAUACCUUGAUUCAAGUACUGCAACUCUCUGUGCUGAUUUACCUGUAUCUCUGCCACGUGGGACAGAAGGGCUAGCUGAUGGGUCAGAGGUGACUGCAUGAGGAGGCGGAGUUAGGGGACCCUGGUCUGAACUUAGACCAAACCCAGUCACACUCCUAGACCAGAGAGGUCUGUUGACCUUGCCUCUCCUCUAGAGAUGAGGUCCAUCCGAUCGUACGCCAACGACGACUGCCACGUCAUGGCCAAGCAUGUCGACAUCUACCCUUCGCCAGAGGAGCUGGAGGCUGUCCAGAAGCUGGUGUCCACUGUGGAAUGUGCCCUCAAACAGGUGUCGGACUGGAUGGACAACCUCGACGCCUCCCUAAGCAAGGUCCCAACCAUCACCACCACUGUCGACAUCAAGGCUGCUGGAGACUCUACAGGCACCCAUGGCAGCACAAAGACCCAGAGUGUGUCGAUACUGUGUGGGGUGAUGCGGGUGGGUCUUGUGGCUAAGGGCCUCCUGGUUAAAGGAGACAUGGAUUUGGAGCUGGUCCUGAUGUGCAGAGACAAACCCACCAAAUUACUUCUGUACACUGUUAGUGCCAACCUGCCCUUGCAACUACAGACGCUGACGGAGGACAAGUACGAGGUGCGGUCCAGCGUGUCGCAGUCCGCCAUCUGGGUGGUCAACAUCAACGACCCCAAAUUCUCCCUGAAGGUCACCCUGUCCUCACUGGCCAUGAGAGAUGAACACACUGCCAAAGACCAAGAGGAAGGUGUGGAGGUGGAGGGGCUUGAUGAGGUGCUGGACGGGCGGUGGUGCCAGGCUGCCCUGGCAAAGCUCAGACACACCAAAUGGUUCCAGGCCAGAGUGACCGAUCUGAAGUCGUGUGUCAUCGUCAUGCGUAUUUUCAGAGACAUGUGCAACAGACUAACUGUGUGGGAGCCUCUCAAAGGAUGGCCCCUAGAGCUGAUCUGUGAGAAGGCCAUAGCAACCUGUAACCGACCUCUGGGGCCCGGAGAGGCCCUGCGCAGGGUCAUGGAGUGCAUCGCCUCAGGGAUCCUCCUCCCAGAUGGGCCGGGAGUUCACGACCCCUGUGAGAAGGAGCCAACAGACACCCUGUCAGUGAUCACAGGCCAACAGGCUCAGGCUAUCACUCACAAUGCACAGCAUGCGCUACGCCUCCUAGCCUUUGGACAGCUUUAUAAGGUCCUGAAUAUGAAUCCUCUCACUCCAACCAAACCGUCACACAGACUCUCCGGGUUGGACAAAGGAACCUGUCGUAAAAGGCAGCAUGAAGACAGACGCACUUACGACAGACAGCUCUUCAAGAGGAUGAAACACAACCUGAUGAGAGUUCUGGACAGUAACAGGAUGGACCCCAACCACUCCAUGAACGCCGUGAUAAAACUGAACCAGGUCCACCCGGGGCUGCAGUACAAGCUAUUGUCCCAGUCCGGCCCAGUCCACGCUCCAGUCUUCACCAUGUCUGUGGACGUCCACGGCACUGUCUACGAGGCUUCCGGCGCCUCCAAGAAGACGGCCAAACUACAAGUAGCACUUAAGGUCCUACAGGCACUAGGUUACCCAGCUGACUUCGAUGUGGACCUGGACUCCCUGAGUGCUGACGAGAGGUCUGACGGCGAGGGACGCAACCAUAGAAGUGAUAGAAAUGACAGGAUGUCCACCAGCUCCAGCAGAAACUCUGUCACCUCCUCCACAGACGCACACGAGUCCCGCACCCCAGGCCCUCUCCUUAUGGCAGGGGGCAAGAACCCAGUGAUGGAGCUGAAUGAGAAACGCAGAGGCCUGAAGUACGAACUCCUAUCAGAGACCGGCGGCAGCUGCGACAAACGCUUCAUCAUGGAGGUGGAGGUUGAUAAACAGAAGUUCCGAGGCUCGGGGCCCAAUAAGAAAGCGGCGAAGGCUUGCGCUGCCCUGGCUGCUCUGAAGAGACUAUUCUCUGACUCCAAAGACCCCCGCAACAAGAAGAGGAGACCCACCACACUGGUGAAGAGAACUGUGUCAUCAACUGUGACUAUCCCAGCACAUGCCCAUUCCAGGCCUAGAACAAGGCCAGUGAUGCAUAGAGCACCCUACAUCAGCGCUCCCCCCACCCAUGGCUACCUCCCAAUAGGCUAUGGAGCUCCAUAUGGUUAUGGUACUGCAGCUUCCCUCCCUGCCUAUGGCGGCCUGUACAUUGACAGUGCCUUUUACCAGCCACGGCCUAUUGCCACUCCUAUUAUAAUUCACCUGGGUCCUCAGGAUCUCUUCUGAUCUCAACAGCCAGCAUGGGAUCUCUUUUGACCUCUGCUCUCUAGAGCCAUCAGGGGACGACUAAGUUUUGAUUUAGCUUCCAGUUUCCUGUCUGACCAGGCUCUCAUUACCUUAUUAAAGGGAUACUUCAGAAUUUUUGCAAUGUGGGCCAUUUUUAUGUGUCCAGUAUGAACGUCUAGUAACCCAAAGGUUGCAAUUAUUUUUCAAAUCUCAUCACAAACAACUUUAGCGUUUUUGUUAAUUAGCAACUUUUCAACUACAAAUAUGUUGCAAUUGUACACUAGGUCGGAAAAUCGGGAUCCAUCUCUGAGCAGACAUCAAUCCAAGAAGAAGCAAUACAUCAUCAGAGUUGGAAUUAUUUCCCAAUAUGUUGCAAUACUUGACUUUAGCUUCAAAUCUACUUGGAAAUAGUGGAAAUGGAUUGGCACAACACUGCAAUAUUCAUGUGAUAUACACUGAGUAUACCAAACAUUAAGAACACCUUCCUAAUAUUGAGUUGCACCCUCCCCUUUUGCCUUC